GUGGGACACACCUGGGGACAUACCUGGGGACACACCUGGGGACACACCUGGGGACAGCAGGGAUAGAGGUGUACCGGCUGUGGCUGGACGGGCACUCAGUGGCCGAGGCGGUGGCCCGGCGGCUCCGGGGGGGGGUCCUGGAGCGGGAGGGGACCUCGGUGGCCGUGCUGCAGAGCGACACCCGCGACCACUACAGAACCUUCCAGAUGCUGGAGCGGCUCCUGCACGCCCCCCCCCGGCUGCUGCAGCAGCUGCUGUUCCAGAUCCCCCCCGAGCGGCAGGCGCUGCUGGUCCAGCGGUACUACGCCUUCGACGAGGCGCUGGCCCGGGAGCUGCUGGGGAAGAAACUCUCCAAGGGCACCAAGAAGGAGCUGGACGAGGUCAGCGCCCGCACCGGGGUGGGCAUCCGGAGCUGCCGCCGCCAGUUUGACAACUUCAAGAGGGUCUUCAAGGCCGUGGAGGAGCUGCGGGGGCCCCUGGCCGAGAACAUCCAGCAGCUCUUCCUGCUGCCCCCGCCCCUGGCCCGGGACUACGCUGCCAUCGUGUUCUUCGCCAACAGCCGCUUCGAGACGGGCAAGAGGCGCCUGCAGUUCCUGAGCUUCGGGGACUUCGCUGCCUGCGCCCAGAGCAUGAUGGGCCACUGGAGCCAGGGGGCCCUGGCGCCCGAGGCGGCCGAGCCCGACGGGGACCUGCCCAAGUCCUUCCUGCAGGACCUGAAGGAGCUGAAGGUUCUGGUGAGCGACAAGGACCUGCUGGACCAGCACAAGAGCCUGGUGUGCUCGGCCCUGCGGGGGAAGAUCUCGGUCUACAACGAGCUCGAGGCCAAUUUCAAGGCGCUGUCGCGGGCCCUGGUGAACGUGGGGGGGAAGCUGACCCACGCCCGCGACGUUCGGGAUUUCUUCGUGGACCUGGUGGAGAAGGUGAUCGAGCCCUGCCGCUCCGACAAGUGGAGCCUGGGGGACCUGCGGCUCUUCCUGACGCACUACACGGCCGCCCCCCGAAACCUGCCGGGCUUCAGGCACCAGGCGCUGUGGGAGCGCUACAUGGCCGCCAUCACCGCCUGCCUGCUGCGCAUGUACCACGACUGACCCCAGAUGGCACCCCGAAAAUGGGCACUGCGCCCCAAAACGGCACCCCAGAGAUGGGCACUGUGCCCCAAAACAGCACCCCGGAAUUGGGCACUGUGCCCCAAAACGGCACCCCGAAAAUGGGCACUGUGCCCCAAAACAGCGUCCCAAAACUGCACCCCAAAAAUGGGCGCUGUGCCCCAAAAGCGGCACCCCAGAGAUGGGCACUGCGCCCCAAAACGGCACCCCAGAGA